AGCAGGGCUGGGCGGCGGGGUGAGGAUCAGCAGCAGCUCUCCAUAACCCUCCACACAUCGGAUGCUGAUCGUCCGUGGAGCCGCACCUGGAUGCAUUAAGGGUCAAAGGUGAGCUAGCGAGGCAGAGAUGAGUCUGACUUCCUGGUUCCUGGUGAGCGGCGGGGGCACGCGCCAUCGCCUGCCCCGGGAGAUGAUCUUCGUGGGGAGGGACGACUGUGAGCUCAUGCUGCAGUCUCGCAGUGUGGACAAGCAGCACGCUGUCAUCAACUAUGAGCCCAACGCAGACGAGCAUAAAGUGAAGGACCUGGGCAGCUUAAACGGGACAUUUGUCAAUGACGUCAGAAUACAGGAGCAGAUCUACGUCACUCUGAAAGUUGAUGACAAGUUGAGGUUUGGAUACGAUACCAACCUGUUCACCGUGCUUCGAGGACAGAUGCAUAUUCCGGAGGAGGCCCUCAAGCAUGAGAAGUUCAGCAGCCAGCUGCAGCUCAACCAGAGGAAACCUCCGGAGAAGGAAGCGUGUAAAUCUGAGGCCAAACCCUCCAAGGCAGCAGCAGCAGAGGGUGGGGGGGCCGCCGCCGCCGCCAUGCCUUCUGAAGCCAGCAGGGUGGAGGACAAGACGCCAGGGGACGUCUCAGUGUUACACAAAAUCACGCCUCUCUAUGGCCAGCCUGCCUGGUGGGGAGAUGAAGAAGCUAAGAACCGGCAACCAGGCAGGCCAGAGGAGAAGACCUCAGAUCGGAAGCGAGAGAAAGCUGAAACAGACACCAAGAAGAGUGCAGAGGCCCCAAAAUCGGCCCCACAAGCAGUUUCUAAUCAGGAGCCCAGCUACUUUGAGAUCCCAACCAAGGACACUGCCUCGGCAGGUAAAGUGAGUGGUGAAGCCCCCUCACGAGAUCAAGAUGCUUCUUCUGCCGCAGAUCCAGGCCAUGGCCACGCCUCCUUCACCAUUGACUUUGACCCCAUGGCAGCAGGUAAAAUGAGCACCAAAGAUCGGGUUGCGAAGGUAGGACCGGAGACCAGGCCCCGACCCAAAAGGGAUGUCGGGGAGGAGCUGAGUCCACUUCAGACCGCCAUGGUGGCUGCAGAGGUCAAGGUCGCUGACUGGCUGGCCCAAAACGAGCUGCCAUUGGCUCUUAAAGAAACGGUUGCAGAGGAGGAUGGGGAAAGUGUGAAGAGUGAUGUGCCUGUGCAACUGAAGAGCCUCAAAGGCAGUAAACAUGAGGACGGUACACAGAGUGACUCAGAGAACGCACUAGGAGGCAAAGGCAGGGCCACAACAAUGGAGGAGCGCUCGUGGGGGCUUUGGGGCGGGAUGAAGAUCAGAGAAGGUCGAGCUAACGUACCGGAGGGGCUCUUCGCAGAGGAGGACAGUCCGGCUCGCCGUCGCAAGUCUUCAAUUUCUAAAGCGGCGUGUGGAUUCGUAGAGAGGCGACGCGUAGAGGCAACACAUCAGCAGGGCGGACGCGAUGAGGGCUAUCACCAUGGAGAUGACUACAGUGACAGGGGGACCUAUACCAUUGAGCUGGAGAAUGGAGAUCAGGAAGAGGAAGAGGCAAGGAAAAUGAUAGACAAGGUGUUUGGUGUGGAUGAGCAGGAGGGUGUGUGUGUGUCCAGGCUGGGGGGUGCUGACCAAAGAGAGGGGCUCACCUCCCAGAGGUCUGGUGGAGACAGAGGGAAGCAUGGACGCAUGGAGACAGAGGUACUGUCUGAGGAACUGAUGGUGGGCGGUCCUCGCUGGGUCUCGCAGUGGGCUACUCUGGCUGCCAGUCACAUCAGGACAGACCCUGAGGGAUCCGGAGGGGAGAGUCACAUCAUGGCCACAGAGGACAGAGCUGAAAUAAGUGAGUCCAGCCACUCGGCCUCCUUUGCCUCGUCUGGCUACACAGAGCGUAAGAGGAGAACCCUGCCCCAGCUGCCAGGUGAGGAGCUGGUGCUGGGAAGGAGGACCCCUGGCGCGGGCCUUCGUACGGAUAUGGGGGAGAAACAGGACACAGAGCUACAGGAGAAGGAGAGCAAUGAGGAGAAAAUGUCCCGGGGAAGGAAUCGACCAGGUCACCGCCCUGGUGGAGUGGGCAGUCACGGUGGCAGCCCCAGUCGCUCCUCUCCAGCCAAGUCACAGGACAGCGCUGGUGGGAGAUCAGGCCAGUCAGGUGUGUUGGCAAUGCUCCCCCCUCGUCCAUUAACCGGUGGGGAGAAGAGAAUGGAGGAGGCACGGAAGAGGAAAAAGGAAGAGGAAAAGGCCAGGGAAAGUAGUGGCAAACCAUUGUUUAGGCAGGAGAGUUUUACUGUGGAUAAACCGAGUUCCAACCCCUCCAUUGAGCUCCGACCUCGUAUCCAAGCACUCACAGGCAGCAGAACUCAGAUCAGGGAGGUCGGCCUUGAGAACACAUUGCUGCAGAAAGACUCAGAAGCUGUGGCCGCCUUUUUAGAGGCGACUGUGUCAGACCAAGGUGAUCCACCAAGUCAGUCCAUCGAAGGCUCCUUGUCACCAGAGUCAGACGUUGACACGACCAGCACAGUAAGCCAGGCCGAAGGAGCGAGAAAAGUGAUCCAGAAACGGCGGAUUUUAGCAGGACAGCAGAGGGAGAGAACAAUGGUGUGCUCAUCUGGCAAAGGCCCCGUCGGGGGCCGAGAGACCCAGGACAGGAGGGUCAAGGCCAGGGCACCUGCACCUCCGAAGGCUAGUCGCCCCUGGGCCUCCCUGGACCUCACGGACGAUGAUGUCAAUACCAACUCGCUCCUCUCCGACUCCCUGCCCAACACACAGGAAUCUAAAAGCUCUACUACCAGAGCCCCGACUGGGAGCAAAACAGUGGGGGCUAGCACCAAGGCUAGUCGGGCUAAGGUCAGCCAGGCCCCAGCCUCUUCUGCAGCCAGUAAAAACACCAGUGGUCCCAAGCCGAGGCCCACCAGGGCGUCCCUGCUGAGGCGAUCCCGGCAUGGGGAUUCCUCAGACACCGAACCUGCUGAUUUCGACCGGAUGUCGGUAGCUUCUGAGGCCUCCACAGCGAGUUCCACAUCCAGGACAGGGAUGGCAAGAAGGGGAAUGUCCAGGAUAGAGGCUCUGGCACAGCCUAGGAGGCAGAGAGUGGGCUCCCCGUCAGCCCAGAGCGACUCAGAGGCCACAGUGACAAGGGGCAGAGGUCUAGGAUCCCGGAGUGUAGCAGGGGAUUACUCCAUCAGACAAGGACUCAGAGGGUCCAAUUUGAGCUCAGUGUCUGGACCCAGGGCUCGGGCUAACAGCGCCUCCAAGCUACCUGAUAAGAAUAGAGGGACCGCUUCCUAUGGACACAUCCCACCUGCUUCUGGCACUCGGUGGCGCCGCGUGCCUGUGGAUUAUGCUUCCACCUCAGAGGACGAGUAUGGCUCCAACCGGCACCUUUCCAAGCAGAGCCAAACACGGCCAUUCCCUUCCACUCGGGUAGCCCAGCUAGGAGGCUCCGCCCCCGCCACUCCUAGUCCUACAGGUCUGUCUGCUCUGAGGCAGCAGUCCAAGGAGCAGGACGAGUAUAUGAGAGACUGGACAGCACACAGCGAGGAAAUAGCCAGGAUCAGCCAGGACCUAGCCAAAGACCUCGCCAUGCUUGCCAGAGAAAUUCAUGAUGUGGCCGGAGAGAUCGACUCAGUCAGCCCUGCAGCCACCGACCCUGGAGCUAUGAUGGAGGAGCGUGUGUUUGAUGACAGCUUGGAUCAGAGUGGUGCUUCUGCAGAGCACAGCGGCAUUGUGGGAACCAACGGGCGCUCUGUGGAGCUUCGACCCCGAGGCUCUGGUGGACAGAGCUCACGCUCCAUCCGCAGACAGACAUGGAAUAGAGAUGACUCGGUGCUGGACAGUUUACUACUAACAUCGGUCUCUCAGCUUUCAGCGAGAAUACGUCAGUCUGUUGAUAAAACAGCCUACAAAAUAAGGAUCCUCUUCAAGGAUAAAGAAAGAAAAUGGGAAGAGAUUGAGAACAAACUGCAGGAAGAGCGCGACUCCUUACUACUCAAGAGCUCCAACAAGGAGCUUUCAACCAUCAUUCAAGACCUGAGGAGAGUGGAAAGACAAAUGCUCGUAAUUGACAUGAUGGUGGACCCUGAUGGCACCCUGGAUGCCCUGUCCAAUAUGGGCGUGACCAGUCCUUUGGCUGACCAGAAGGCGAGCCCGGGGGCUCAGCAGGGGGCGGCCGUGUUGCACCCUGAAGUUGGAGCUCCCUCCAGCACACUCUCCAGGCCAGAGGGACGGACCACUGAAUCCUGCGAACCUUAACACCACGGAGAGGUGGCAGAGCGAGAACAAGGGCUCCGUCAGAGCCCUAGAUCCUACACUGAUACAACAAGGAUAUAUAUAAGAAUGCAUCCUUUAUGUUCGACAUAUCCUGAAAGUGUGGGGUUAGAAUUAUUGUAACAAGUGUAUCGUUUGAGACAAAGGAGGAAAGAGAAGGAGAAAGAUGCCUAUUCUGUGGGAGAGCCACACUGCCCUGUCUGUCAAUCAAAGUGACUUGUGAUUGAACUUUUACAAAAAAGCUAUGUGAGAUAUACAGUAUGAAACACAACAGUACUAUUUGUUGGGCUAAUGAAGAAGAUGUAACAUACAGUGACCCAUCUGGGAUCUGUGUUGCUUUUCAUUCUUACAAUCCAUUAUCUACGGAAGCCCUGAGAAACAAAAAGGGAAAACAAAUGUUUUGCCGUGAUAACCUUUCUAAAUUCAUAAAAAAGUAUCUUUCUCUAUCUGUAAAACAGGUAGGGAAUAACAUUUAUCAGUAGGAUAUUUUUUCUUUGUUGUUGUUUACUAUUUUCUGUGAAAAGUUUUGC